AUGUGCGAGGACCUCGGCGAGCUGGUGACCACCCUAGACGAAGUGCAGCGAAAGCCACCGACGCUGAAGAAGCGCAUCUUAAAGUGGUUGCGCAGAGCGCCGGACGCCAGACACGGAUAUCCUGAGGAACGAAGGUUGAAGCAAAGUGUCAGUCUGCCUUUGGGAGACUACGCCGGACGCACUCGCGAUUAUAUCGAGCGGAUCAGCCCUGGCUUUACUUCAUCGCUCGCUCCUGGCCUUGGAACAGCUGCAAGUGCCGCGUUAAGCAUUGCCUCAUCCCUCUCGUCCAGCAUCAUCAAUGAUUACGAACUGUGA